UGGGGCCAAGGGCAACGACAUGUCCCUGGUUUGACUCUUGCAUUCUUGGUUUCCUCAUUUAUCUUUUUUUUUUUUUUUUUUGGCCUUGUUAUCUUUCUACCUUCAGGGAAGCCUCUCCCUUCUUCUCCUCCCCAGAAUGACCUCCUAUCACCCUCCUUCAGGACCUAGAUGCAGGGCGUUUCUAUCUUAGGCUGACAUUUGACUCACUGCCUACAUCUAUAGCUUGGCACAGAGCGAUUCACGCACCCUCAAGAGUGUGGGUGAGACAUAUACACCCUGUUAGACCUGAAGGCAGAUGGCUCUUCUUAAGGCCAAUAAGGAUCUCAUUUCUGCAGGACGGCAGGAGUUCAGCGUUCUGCUGAAUCAGCAGGUCUUCAAUGAUCCUCUCAUCUCUGAAGAAGACAUGGUGACUGUGGUGGAGGACUGGAUGAACUUCUACAUCAACUAUUACAGGCAGCAGGUGACAGGGGAGCCCCAAGAACGAGACAGGGCUCUGCAGGAGCUUCGGCAAGAGCUGAACACUCUGGCCAACCCUUUCCUGGCCAAGUACAGGGACUUCCUGAAGUCUCAUGAGCUCCGGAGUCACCCGCCGCCCUCCUCCUAGCCCAGGGACCCAGCCCCUCCUCUCUGAGAAACUCUGACCUUCAUGUCCUUAGGCUGUGCUCCCGCCACUCUACACUGACACCUCAAUAAAGACCAGUGCUGGUUUUGUUGGA